CAGACCAUCAGUUGUCAAGGUGCGAAGCAAAAGGUCGGUCGACGUGUGUGUAAUCUUGAGCAACUUUUUUUUUUCUUCUCGUCAUUUUGGAAAAUUCCCAUUAAAAUUCAGGAAAAUCGAACCGUCCGCAGCCAAAUUCAACGCGUCGGACCGUGGUCCCGCUUCUCCGGGUGGUGUUCCGUGGCGGGGACUGGGCUCCGAAUGGCCAAAUUUUUUAAUUUUGCGUGCUGAAGACGUGAAAGAAAGAAGGAAAAUUUCGUAAAUGUAGAACGCAGUUCAUUCGAGGGGCUGCUGCUGGUGUGCAAGAAAAAAACAAGGCCAGCUGCCAUCGACUCGGGACUCGGAUCCUAGUGAGCGCUGCGGAAAAAUUGAUUGUUUUUGUUGAUCGCGAGCAAAAAGUCAACAAGGAGGACCAGUUCGGGAUUCGAAGCAUCGGAAGUGGAAGCAGCUGAGAGGUGGAUUUUUGCGGAUCACUUCGCAAACGCAACGGGGGAAGGAGAGGUGCAUGAACUGAGACACAUUAUCGCAGCGAAGAACCGUGAAAAGCUUUCCGGCCAAGAUGGACACGGCAACCGGAUCAGGACUGAUGGAGGAGUACGACCUGAUGAAGCAGUCCAAGUAUCGCGUGUACAUGUCGAACAUUGACAAGGCGCUGAAAAACUUCGAGUAUUCAAGCGAGUGGGCCGAUCUCAUCUCUGCCCUGGGCAAGCUGAACAAAGUAAUUUCGACAAACUCGCAGUAUCAAAUCAUUCCGAGGCGGAUCAAAAUCUCCAAACGUCUGGCCCAGUGCAUGCACCCGGCGUUGCCCUCGGGAGUGCACCUAAAAGCGCUCGAAUCGUACGACGUAAUCUUCAGCAACAUAGGUGUCGAUCGCCUGGCGUCCGAGCUGUUCAUCUACAGCGCCGGCCUGUUCCCCCUGCUGGGAUAUUCCGCGAUGAACGUGCGACCCACGCUGCUCUCGAUCUACGAAAAGUAUUUCGUUCCCUUGGGUGAAAAGUUGCGACCCGCGUUGAGUGGCUUCCUCAGUGGAGUCUUUCCCGGUCUCGAGUCCGGCCAGGACCACUUCGAACGGACCAGUUCGCUCCUCGAUAAAGUGUGCGCCGCCGUCAAGCCCGAAUGCUUCUACACCUGCCUUUGGGAGUGCAUCGUGACAAACGCCUCCGUUCGCCUCCCCGCCAUCUCGUACGUGCUGGACCACUUCGACAAGAAGCGACACUGCGGCGACCAGAAGGAACUCAUGGGCAGCAGCGUAGAACUGCUCGUCACCGGACUCUGCGGCUGUCUGAACGAUGCCGUCAUCCUAGUUCAGCGCAAUACGCUCGAGUUUCUCCUUCUCGCAUUCCCACUGCACGAGAUGGUCCUGGCCAAACGGGACGUCAUCAAACUCGUCAAAACUGCCCUCAACACCAUCCUGCGACGGGACAUGUCCCUCAACCGACGACUCUACUCGUGGCUUCUCGGCGCGGACACCAGCCUGGGCAAACAUCUCGAAGACAUCGGCCACGACCGGGAAUCGUCCGACCCGAACAGCUACUUCGAAAUUCACUCGAAAGAGGUCCUCAUCAGUGCAUUUAAACUCAUCUUGAAAUCAAGCGUGACCUCCAAUCCCGUCGAUCUGAGCCCCUACCGAAUACUAAUAUCCCUGCUGGACAAGGCAGAAAUCGGCCAACGCAUACUGGACGACGUUCUGUGCGACAUCAUCCGAACCAUUUCCCUCUGCAACGGCAACUUGGAGGUUCAAAAAUCGGCCAACCUUCUCUUCUCCACGUUCGACCCGUCCUACAUCUGGAACUACAUGACAACGCUGUAUCGCGAUGCGGUCCAGAAGAAACAACCAAAUCGACCCUCAACCGGAACCAUCAUCACCAGCGCCAACGUCAAAGACCACGUUCGCAUCGACGGCGGACCGCCGGGCGCCAUCGAAGUUUGCUUCCUCACCGAGUUCCUGCUGGAAACGCUCUCGCUCGAGAUGUACAACGAGACGACGCGAGUCUACCUCCCCAAAUUCCUGCUCUCCCUAAUCCGCAUGCUAACCGUGUACUCGGAAAACAUGAACGCACCAGAAGUGGGCGCCUCGCUCAGGCUGUGCGUCAAGAUCGUCUCCAAGGUGCAGCCGAUGAUCAUGUCCGAGAAGGUCCUCGACCUGUCGAUCAGCACGCGCAGCAACAGCGUCACCCCCGAGGGUCAAGAGGCCAAGGAGACGCCCGUCUCGCUGGAAAAAAGCAACUCCGACUCGAAGAUCCACGAGAGCUCGCUCCAGGUCAACGACAGUUCCUUCGCACGAUCGAGCUCCAGCCAGGGCCUGAACAAGAAGAGCAAGUACAGCAAAAAGUCGAAAAAGAAGUCCAAAUCGUACACCAAACUAAGCGAGCUGGACCAGUCGGUGAACGCGGCCGAAAGUGCCAGCAACAGCAGCAGCACAAGCAGCAACAGCAACAAAAGUGGCACCACCGUCUCGAGCGGAUCGAGAACCACGAUCGCAACGGCGAGCUCAACGCCAAACUUGAAGAACGAAGACGGCACCGCUGGGGAGUCAAGUCAGGAGGAGCGCCAGAGCACGUGCAGCGAUCGCGAGGACGUCCACUCCGACAUUGUGAUCAAAGUUCCGACGCAGAUUCCACCCGCCCAGCUUCCGGAUUGUCCCAUUCUGGAAAAGUGCAUCAAACAGUACGUUCUGUUCUACGAGCUGUACGUUUGCAGGCAGAUUUUCGACGGAACCAACCUGGACUCGUCGGGCAGUUCCGGUUCCUCCUCCGAACAGGUCAGCCUUCAGGACAACCUGUUUAUCAACCCAAGCGACAGCAAAAGUCUCCUGAACGACGAUGUGUUUGUGAUAAACGCGCUGCUGCCCGAGCUGGAAGACGCGUUUCAAAGUUUGAAAAUGUCCGGCGGAUCGGACAGCAAAAAGCUACGAACAAUCCUGGUGAAGUCGAUGGACAAUCGACGAGACUCGGACGUGUUUGAACGGUGGAACCACGUGGAGUCGGUACCGGAGCGCGAAUCGUUCGAAAUCGAAGGUCUGCUCGAGAGCAACGAAAAGCUGAAGCGACUCGUGGGCGUAAGAAUCUCCGAGUCACUCCGGAACGCUCUGAAGCUCGCGUGCAACGUCCUCACAGAGAUGUCAUCGUUCCCCAGUUAUGGAAACGACUGCGGUCUGAACGAACGCUGCGAAGAUGUGCCGGGUUGGCUGAAAGCGUUGACCAUUCUGGGGUCGUUCAUCGGCGAUUUGGAGACGCAGCUGUCCGCGUCGCAGACCUUGAUCGAUAUGGUCAGCUUGCUGCGCACGAAUCAGCGACCCAAGUCGAGCAGUUCCGGAACGACGUUCGUAAUGAUGAUGCCGCUGUUGAAGCUGUCGCAUGUCAACUAUCUGGAGAGCAAAACCAAGGUCUUCCAAGUGUUGACGACCAUGCUGUGGAACCAUCUGGAUUCGAGCCGGUCGGAGGCGCGGAACAUCAGCGUGUUGCUUUACCGGAUUCAUAGCUGUUUGGACACGCGGUUCACGGAAAGUGUUAUCAUAAGCAAGUUGCUCGUUACGCCGAGGGAGUUUGGGUCGUCGGAUAAGCGAAAUUUGCACGGGUACUGGGCAAUUCCGACGCUUUCGACAAGCGAACUGAUUGUAGAUCCAGCUGGAUUUAGGCGGUUUCAGCUGCUGUGGAAGCUUGGUCGCGACACGCAUCAUGGGAAGGAGUUUGAAAAGGUGCUGUUUCUCGUGCUGGACAUUCUAACGCUGCCCGCGAACUUGUCGAUUCAGAUAUCCGCUUCGAAGUGGCUCCAGGAGGCGUUGGUUCGGGGUGAUAUUGGUCGGAUAAUGAAACCUUUGCUGAGGAUUCUGCUGAACGAGAGCACCAAGCGGAUGAGCAUUAUUUACACCAAGCGAUAUCGCCAGGACACGGACACGGGAAGUGAGUGGGAGAAGGACCUGGUGACGGAUGGGGAUUCGUUCCUGGACAAGGAGUGCUUUGCGGUUAGUUCGGAAGACGGAUGCAUCCGGUAUCACAUGGACAACGUGCUGAGCAAGAAACGCAGCCCAAUUCGGACGAUUCAGAAGAAGAUUUUCGGCGUUUCGAUUGGUUCCAAGUCAAACAACAGUCAGGUUGUGUCGAACUACAUCACGAACGACAGUGCCAAGGAGGUGGGCAGUUCUGCCGCGGCGGUUGACGAUGGUAAUUUUACCAAGAUAUCCGUGAUUAUAAAUCCGCUGGAGUCGGAGCUGAACGGGAAGAGUGCGGCCAUGCGCAACCGCUCCAACUCGACGGGGCUGAUCAACGUGGAGCACGUUGAGGCGGGAUUGCUGCCCAACGGCGUAGUUGACAAGAAGGACUUCCACCGGUCGACCUCGGACAUUGACGAAGCAAGUGACGGAGAUUUUGACCGCAAGAAGGGUCGCCUGAGCGAGGGCAGCUACAGCCGGUCCACGACGGCGACCGAUUUCUACGACUCGGAAACGGUCGUCAAACGGUACGUAGAGGACGGUCCGAUUGUGGAGUUUAUGAGCAAGUCGGGCGAUCGGUUCAAAAAUCGGAAAACCUAUUUAAUCUCUUCUAGUGGUGGUGGUGGCGGUGCGCCGGAUGACGAAGGCUUCGUCUCGUCGGUUUCGGACCGGAAUCUCAACUAUUCGUUCACGUCGUCGGCAGCGGACUCGGAUGGCGUGACGGAACCGGUGUGCGUGGCCAAAACGGCAGCGCCGGCUGCUGCGGAACCAACGUCGUCCAGCGCCUUUGGGGGUGAAUCGCAACGAAGUAGUGGGACGAGCAAGGACAGCAGUAAAAGUGGCAACAAGGACGGUGGCGAUCUGUUUGGAUUUGGUCGACGCAAGGCGUGGAGGAACUCGUCCAAGUUGUACCCGUUCCACACGCACUUUUUGAUCUACGAAUCGAUCUUCAACACGAAGCAGAUUUUGUACACGCUCGAAACGUUGAAGAACAUUCUGGCCAAUGAUAGUCGGUUCUUUUUGUGCCUGUCGGUGACGACGUCCGUGUCGAGUAGUCAGAUUCGAUCGUUGCUGGUGCGACACCGGAGGAACGUGUUUGGCAAGGGCUUUUCCGAUGGUCAGGAUGAGAGCGAAUAUCAGAGUUUGUAUCGUGGUUGCAUGUAUCUGGAAGUGAUUGUAACGAUAUUGCUGUAUUACACGCGGAGUUACUACCAGAAGGAUGAGGAGCAGAAGGCGCAACCGUCGAAGGAUGAUCUGAAUGGAAAUUCUAAGAUCCAGCUGGAGUGUAUUAAGUUGAUGACGCGAAUCUUCGCCGAACUGCUGUCGAUCGUGAAGGACGUCGGCAAGAAUCUGGCCAAUUACAUUGCCGAUUUGAUGGAAAAGUGCAAAGUCCAAAAGAUUCUGCUGUACUGCAUCAGCUCUUCGGUGAAUUAUUUUACCUCCCCGCAGUGUUACACGUAUUCGGAUGAAAUUUUAGUGUUUAACGAUCCCGAGAGUUCGCGGCUGUACGCGGAAGCAUAUCAGAUAGAGCUGUUGAAUCUGCUGCUGGCGGUGAUAAAACUCGAGCACGAAAUCAUGAUCCAGCGUAACGAUGAACGAUUCAACGAGGGCAUCAAGAACGUCCUCUCGAGCAAUUCUCCAACGCGACCAGCUCCGGAGAACAAACGCAUCUACAAGUACAUCCCGAACCAGCUGGUGAGUCAACAGCCCAUGUUCCUGUCGUCGAUGUUGUCCGCGCUGGCCUCGGAAAAGCUCAAACACAUCCACAAAAACUGGACGGACAUGAUCACGUCCUGCCUGACCUGCCUCCCCCUGAACAAUCUGACCAACAUCGUAAUCAGCAUUAUUCAUCAGCUGUGCGCCAACCUGGACCGUUUGACGAGGCGCGAUCGCAUCAUCUACAACCAGUGCACGGACUACAUCGUGGCUCAGCUGGAAGCGAUCACCGUCCUGUCCCACUACUGCCUGCUGGACUCGUCGCAGCAGAUCUCGCUGGCGAACGUGUUCAACGCGUCCAACAACAUGACCUCGCCGGCGACCAACUCGGGCCAGAUCAUCAACAGUAUUGUAAACGUAUUCCUGUCGUCUUCGCUGCUGAACGUGAAUCAGGCCAAGACAAGCCACCAGGAAGUGGCCAAGAAUGCCAUCCUGAGCCACCUCCCGCGGAUCAUCAUUACGAUCGCAACGCUGUGGGAGACGAGCAUCAGCGAGUUCCGUCACGUCAAGCACCAGCUGCUGGAGUUCCUCAGUCCCAUUUCGUUGCACUAUGGGACGAAUUUUCUGACGGCCAUUUCUGUGGCGUGGUACGAGCGGAGCAGCGAGUCGGGGGGAAGUACGGCUAGUAGUGCCAGCACCAACGGGUCGGAUUCGGCGGAGAUUGAGGGUGAUUUCUUCGAUGUGAUGGCGAAGUCACUGCCACAAGCCUGUGAUAAUCAACGGUUGUUGGUCAAGCUCAUAUCCGGCAUCCGGAUCAUGUCCGUCGAUUCGUUCAUCCAAACCAUGCACCAGGUGAUCAAGUCACCGCCGCAGAUCUACCAACCUCCGGUCGGGCUGAAUCUGGAAGUGAGCGCGCUGGAGCUGUUGUUCUACUACUUGAAGAGUGUCGCCCAGACGCAGUUUAGCGACUGCUGGAGUUCGCUGUACGCGCUGCUCAAGGACUGCCUCUCGCUGCAGAUACCGGCCCAGUUUGUGGCGCUGUCGAUUCUGAACGAGUUUGUCCAGCGCUGUCCAAACAUUCCGUUCAGCGACAAGAAGGACGUGCGGGAUUUGCACGACGUAACUUCUCGCCUGGUGGAGGCCAUCUCGAACGUGGCCGGAUCGUGCCUCGAGCAGACGACCUGGCUGCGACGGAACCUAUCGGUGAAGGAGGAGUUCAGCUCGAUCGAGAGCACCAAGGACGGGCUGUUGAUGCCGUCGAACCAGCACUACUCCAUUCAAGCGCAGUCGAUUCUUGCCGCCAUUCUGGCCCCGCUGCUGGACGUCGCGUUCAGCUCGCAGGAAAAGGACAAGGUCACGACGAUCGUGACCGGCGUCAUGUACAACAUUGUGCCUUACCUGAAGACCCACACGGCGAAGAACAUUCCGACCUUUCACGCGUGCUCCAACUUGCUGGCGAGUUUGAGCACCUAUCAGUACACGCGGAAGGCGUGGCGCAAGGACGCCCUGGAUCUGCUGCUGGACGCGACCUUCUUCCAGUUUGAUAGCCGCUGCUUGCCGUACUGGAAAACUAUCCUGGAUAGUUUGAUGACCUGUGAUACUACCACUUUUAGAGACUUGAUGAAUCGCUUGCCACUAGCACAAACCGGAACGUUGAACAUUUUCACCUCGAAGGAGCAAGAGUACGAGCAGAGGGCACUGUUGCUGAAGCGGUUGGCCUUUGUGAUCUUCUGCAGCGAGGUAGACCAGUACCACAAGUAUAUGCCGGAAAUUCAAGAACAACUUGCCAACAGCCUGCGACUGCCGCAGGUCGUGCCGCUGAUCCAGUCGGCGGUGUUCCUGUGCUUCCGGGUGCUGCUGCUGCGCAUGUCGGCCGAUCACGUGACCAGCCUGUGGCCGAUCAUCAUCGCCGAGAUGGUGCAGGUGUUUUUGUCCAUCGAGCAGGAACUGAUGACAGACACCGAGGAGUUUAGAUCGCAAUCGAGUCAGCACAUCCGGAUGCUGUCGGGGCUGGACACGGCCUGGGUGACCAACACCAACAACGGCCUCUACUCGUACGGACAUCCGCAUUGGCGCAUGGUUCAGCUCGAGACGGCCAAGCUGCUGGAGCUGGGAUGUGUCCUGCCGGCCACCAUCUUGCCACACUUUCAGAUGUAUCGGUGGGCGUUUGUUAGCAGCCAGAACGAGCACUACCUGAAGCCGGGCAGCUACGACGACUCCAAGAGUGUGGCCUUCAUCCCCCACGUGACGCGCAUUUCCCAGCUGAUGGACUUUCGGUACACGUCGCACUCGCCGAAACCCCAAACGAACAAGGGCAGCCACAUCAUGCUGUCCUGCCAGGCGAUCAACACCCUGCAGGAUCUGUACAGCUUCUUUUCGACGCUCUCGAUGCGCUGGCCGUCGCACAUCUCGUACACGGCCGACACCGAAAAGGACACCAAGGCCUGUCUGGACGAGGUGGAGCGCGUUCUGGCGCUGGACUUUCUCGAACGAAUGCCGCAGACCAAGUAGUGCCGGUGGAUCGUCGUCGGAACGUCGGUACGUUUGUAAAUAUUAGAUGUUUUCUUUGAAACGUGUAGCAAAACAAACAAAAAACAGGAUAAACAGAGAGUCUAUUUGAUUCCGCUUUGUGAUUUAGUCGAUUUUGUAACCCUUUUCACGAGAAUUUCACGCGCCCUCUUAAUUGUGUAAAGAUAAAAAGUUUAUCACUCUAACUCUAUUUAUUCUAAAUAAGCUAAGGCCGGAAAAAGUGUAAAGCAAAGUGUAGUGAGAAAUUGUGACAAGAAGUGAAUGAUGGUUCAGAGAAACUGCAGAAAAAAAACAGGUGAUAUAGAAAGAAUAAAACUAUUGAAAAAA